CCCCUUCCCCCCCCCCCCCCUCCCCGCUCUGCUUCACUGCGUCUCGGCCUACGGAGCUUGCCCGCGUUAUUGUUCUGUCCCUCCAUGUCCAUCUCCGCCGCGACCCCCAACAGCGCUCUCCAUGCUCUGAACCAGCCCGCCGCGACGCCCGGCCAGAAAUUGAAGAUGACCUCGUCGGCGAAAGGCAUUGACGCACAGCGCAAGCCCGGAAGCCCCAUUGACGCCGCCCAGAGGAAACCGCCAGCUCCCAAGGCAUGGUCCCUGGGAACGAACCCUAUCACCCAACGACCGUCAAAUCCCACACCCACCAACGGUGUCACAAACACCCCGAAGCUCUCAGCCAGCGUGUCUGGCGAGACAGCAACUCCAAUGAGGCACCUCAGCGACCGGAUGAUGUACCUGCUGGCCAACUUGACUGGCCUGCCGGGAACCAUCACACUCAAGAAUGGCGCAAAGUACUCUGGCGUGCUCUCAGGCACCUCUCUGGACCCCAGCGAGCUGCGCUAUGUCUUCAAGAUGGUGAAGCAGCUGCAGCCGGCCGACAACGCCCAGGCCAACGGUCAGACCCCGGACGAGUACGCCGGACAGGGCGAGUCCUACGUCAUGUCCUUCGAUAUGAGUGAUGUUGCCGACUUCAAUGUCAACAAUGUGGUGCUCGACAGGACACAGGCCAAGGGCCAGAACGGCACGGCCGGAUUCCGAACUGAUGCGGAUAUCUCCGGCAACCUGGCGAUGCGCGAGCGUACCCUCCAGAAGUUCGAAUUCUCUGGGCCCGAUACCAGCCUUGAGCUCGGGUCUGGGGGUCUCGGAGGAUGGGACCAAUUUGCUGCAAACGACCGCAUCACAGGCAAAAAGAGCAACUACGACGAGAACAUAUACACCACUGCCAUCGACCGCAGCAACCCUGAGUAUGCUAAGAGGGCAGCUCGCGCCGAUAGAAUCGCGCGCGAGAUCGAAUCGAGCACUGCGACCAACUCCCACAUCCGCGAAGAGCGUGGAGGUCACAACGCUCAGGACGAUCAGGGGCUGGAUGAGGAGGACAAGUACAGUGGUGUUCGCAGAGAGUUCUCGCCUCUCUCGAGUGGCCAAGCGAACAAGUACACGCCCCCUGCAAGACGCGCGCCCAGUGCUCAGGCCACAGUCCAAGGUGCGCCAGUUGACCCUGCGAUCUUGUCCUCUACCAUCGCACGCCCCGACUCGGCAGCAGCACAGGCAGCGCAGCAAACCACCACUCCCGCCGUUGAGAAGCCGACCACCCCUGCACCUGCGCCUGCACCUGCAACAGCACCUUCACAGCCCGAUGCACCCAAAGAAGCUGCUUCCCAGACCGAGACCGAGACCAAGCCAGCUGCUGCAACUGAGCCUGUCGCGGAACUGGCGCAGAAGCCCAGUACUGCAGCCAAGCCGGCGAUUGCAGCCAUCCCUCCUCGCAAGGCUGCAAAGCCACAUGACGCUACGACCAACGUCGAGCACGAUCUGCUUGACUCUUUCAAAGCUUUCUCAGCGGCAGAGAAACUCCGCAUGUCGGAGCGACAAAGGAGUAUUGCGCGCGAGAACAAGGCGGUGAAGCUGAAUGACCUCAAGAAGUUUGCCCUGAACUUCAAACUGAGCACACCGGUCCCAACUGAUUUGGUCCCCAUACUCGCUAAGGACGAGACAAAGCAGGCUGCGAUUGUGGAGAAAGCCCUUAAGCAGGCGCAGGAAACCAAAGCCUCCUCACCUAAGACAUCCACCGCUGUCUCAGACCCGAAAGCAGCCACGCGAGGGGGUGCAACCAAAGUCGACGCCCCAAGCACGUCUCCCAGCGACCGACAACAGGCCCAACGUCCUCGCCCAGGCCAGUCCGCCUAUCAGUCGGCCAGCAUGCGGGAUCGCUCUCACCAAAUCCCAGCUCAGAUUCCCGCCCGCAACCAAGGUUUGCUUAGUACGCGCCUGCAACUCACUCAACAGCAACACAAGCAACAAGGCGGUCUUCCCUACAACGGUGUACCUCAGCCAAUACCCGCACAGGAUAUGCGCGCACCCUCUGGCCCUUCGCAAGCGUCCAGUGGUGUGCAGACACCAACUUCCAGCGCCUCCCUGAAAUUCAACGUUCGUGCCCACGAGUUCAAGCCCAACCCUGCUGCGCACACGUUUCAGCCUGGUGGUAACGCCAGCGCCGCCUCCAGCCCCAGACCCGACUCUGCAGCAUCGAGACAGGAAUCUCGCAGACCUGCGAUCACGAGCUUCUUUGGUGGACAACGUCCGACACUGAAGAAUGUUGAUCUGAAGGAGGCCUUCAGUCCGUUCGAUCGCCUGGCUAAGACAGCUUCUGAACAGGACAAGAAGUUCAACGCUGGCAUCCCAUUCUCGCAUCGCACACCUCCAACAUGGGACUUCCCGGAGUCUAACAGAGACAAGGGCUACAAGGAGCUGUUUGAGCAUGCCCCACCUCCCCAAAUGGCAGGAAUCCACAACGGCAUGCCGAACGGUCCUAUGCCUCACCAACACCAGCUGCCGCCGCAUCUACAGGGCCCCCAGGUCAUGCAGCAAGGACACACCCCUGGACAUACACCUCGCGGUCCCCAAGUGCAGCCUCACCACGGACAGGGUCCACCCCACUUCGAAGCACCUCACAUGCAGUUCUCGCAUUCGACCUCAUCAGUCCAGCCUUCGCCUCGUCAAAUGCCGCCUUACGUGUACGGUGGGCAGCCUCAGCCAAUGCCCGGUUACCCGCAACAGAUGCAGGUGCCUCAAUACAGCAUGAGCCCUGGCAUGCAGCACGUUGCACUCCGUGGCCCACAAGGCGGCCAGUUUGUCAACGGCCCUGGACCACAGAUGGGAGGACACAUGAUGCAGCAGAACCCUUCAAACGGGCCCUUCAUGGGUAUGCCAGCACAGCCUCAGAUGCAGAUGUACGCGCAGGCUCCUGGCUACCCUCAGCAUCCCGGCUACAUCCUUCCCGGUGCCAAUGGCUUCCCCAGCCCUCGCCCUGGAGCGCCAAUGAUGAGCCACCAAGGAUCGCAGCAAGGACAUCAGCAACCUCCUAUCAUGUACAUGCAACCCGGUGCGCAGGGUCCUCAGAUGUACCAAAUGCCACCAGGAUCGAUGACGCCAAUGCGAGGCCCUUACCCGCACCCACACCAGCCACAGUACGGUUCACCGCACCAGCAACACCAGUUCCCCCACCAGCCUCACCGCGGUACACCAAGUGCAAGCUAUGCUCAGCCCAUGAUCCACCAACACUCACAGCACCAGCACCAGGGCCCUCCUACAGGUCCAGCCAACCACGGAGCCGAAAAUGCUGAGGAACCCAAAUGAGGACUUUGCAGAAACCCUUUCGUGACUGCAACAGGAAAUCUGGCCGGCUGAGCAUGGUCGUUCCCUUAGACGGUCGACUAUCUCCACGCGACGGUGAAGUAAUGUCAGGAAUUAGCGAUAGGCGUUGGUUGGCGUGGCUGGCAUCAAAAAGUGUCGUGCAAUACUCGAGGACAUGUCCAAGGAGCUGACACUGAAACGUUGAGCUCAGUGUGCGUCUGCGAAUGCCUCCAUGCGUUCUAUGCGCGCCGCCUUGGCGAAAUUAGGAGGGGCUGACUGUGAGGUGAGGAAGGAAGGCAAAGGAGCAGAUUAGAUAGCUAGCACAGCAGUCUUGCAUACGUUGCGCUGCUCAU